AUGUCUACAGAGCUAACCGAAGCCAUCCUGAAGUACGUUGCGCUGGAGAAGGAACUUCUAGCCGAUGGAAGUGACGAAAACGCCAGCACUGUGGUUUUUGUCACCAACAAGCUGCUCACGAUUGCUGCCUUGUGUGAUGUGGGAGAUGAGGUUGGACGAAGGUUACUAUCUCAACUGGCAUCGGAUAUGUUGGUCUCUGCAGCCACCAGCGAUGUGCUCCUGCCCGCACUCGUGGACUGCAUUGCACACACACACAAGAAGACAAACGAUAGGAUAGACGUGGUCACGGGUAUUAUCCGAGAGCUAGCCGAUGAUAACAACUACCGCAACACAGGGGGCCUCGACACCUCGCUGGUCGUGGAUACAGAGACAGACAUUGCCGAUUUCACAGCAGACGACAGGCAGUUCAGGUCGCUGGCUAUCUGCUCAUUGUUCCUGGAGAAGACCCGGCGACUAAACAUCAACCACGGCGAGAUGAGUGCAUUGAUCGACAACCUUAUUCUGCCGGGGAUUCAGAACCACAACACGUUUAUACGUGAGCAAGCUAUCCGUAGCCUGGGUCUGUGCUGUGUAAUUAACCCGGAGUUCGGACGAGACUAUCUUCUUCUGCUGCUACAGGUUGCUGAGAACGAUGGCCCCCGCAUUCAGCUCACUGCGGUGAAGACUCUGUUUGAUCUGCUGCUGGUAUAUGGUCCCUUAACGUUAGGCGUAUCAUCCGCGCACGUAGAAAGUGAUCGCAAGCGAGAGCAACAAGCCGAUGUUAUUAGAGAGUCCAUGAACAAUAUGUCGCUCAUGGAAAACGACCUAGAAGCUCUCGGAGACAAAGACACCGGCGAGAAUGAGUCAGACACAGAAGCUACAGUGGAUACAACGAUCAAGACUUACAUUCCCAUCCUGUUUAAUCUGUUACAAAGCGACACUGCCGAGAUGCGCACCGUAGCCGCGGAGGGGUUUGCGAAGCUGUUACACACUAAUCACUUGGCCAGUCACACCGUGUUUGCUGCGUUGAUGGUGCUGUAUUUCAAUCCCAUGUCUAGCGACGACCAGAGGUUACGACAGUGUCUGGGCGUGUUCUUCCCUGAGUUUGCAUUUGCCACAGCGCGUCCGGUGGCCGAUAAGUCGCUCGCACACCAGGCCAUCAUCGAGCGGUCUUUUCUGCAAAUCAUGAACACAUUACUCGACGCUCCUCGACGGUCACCUCUCUAUGAAGUGAACGAAUAUCAAGUGGGUGCGUAUCUGCUAUACCUGACGAGCCCUGAGCAACUCAACCAGAACAAUCCCAACUACUCCUCGGGUGCCAGUCUGUUUGAGGCGCACCACGCACUCGCCAUUACCAUUGCCAAUGAGUGCUUACACGCUGCCAAGGAUGGGGAUAACUACUACAUGAAGCUGUGGUCCAAGUUGCUGAAUGUGAUAGAGAUCGAGCACGAGAACCAGCAACUGGUAAAGGCCAUGCGCGUGAUCAUCGCCGAUCUGAGGAAGGAGUGCAAUGACAGUGUUGCACAGAAACAACUGCAAAGGAGUGCACACCAACUAGCCGACUACGAUCAAACACCGGACGACUGGAUAUCGCGCAGUGACAUUGAGGGACUGUUUGAUAACCUGCUCAAGGGUCUCGAUCGAGCCUUCUUGGAUGGUGUAGACGAAGUGCUCGCCACAACGGCCAAUACGGACGGGUCUGUGAAGCGCACCUUACGCGCACGUUCAGUGAAGGCGCCGACGAAGACAGACAACAGCGAUUCCGAGGUGGCGAGUGAUGGGGCUGAUGAGAGCGAUGAAGAAUCUGAGAGUGAGGCGGAUAUACAAGAAGCUGAUCUUGACGAUCCCGAGAGUACAGAUGAAGAAAUGGCGUAGAGAAUUAAUGGAUAUAUGAGCUAUUAGUCAAAAUAUAGUGCUAACAUGCCUCUUAGGCACUGAUAUUGGAUGUCCUUGAGCAAAUGUAUAACGGUUACUUUUAAAGAAAAUUGUAUGAUAUAGACAUACAAACCCUG